AUGUCUAUACUUUGUGAUUAUAGUAUCAAUAAAAUGAACAAAACAUUUCUAAUUGCUUUAGUAGUUUUAAUUAUCAGUAUGAUUUGUAUGGUUGCCAAUGCCAAUCCAGGUGACCGUUAUUGUUGGCAUAAGGGCAAUAGUAUCGAUUUUUUUAAUGAACCAGGAUAUCAUGUAAGAGGUGGAUUUAAAACGACGGUACCAAAAGAGUUGCGAUCGAUAUUCGGUCAGCUCGAGUUUGAGAGUGUCAUUCAAAAGAUCAAUGCAGAGUCGAGCUUGACCAAAGAUAUCGGGAUGCUCAUCACCACUUCACUCACGCUCAUCGUUGAGUUGGUCAUGUUUGCCAUGUCGAUCUACUACUCGAACGACUUGUUCAUGGCGAUGAACACGAUUAGCGCGGUGGUCUGUGCAUUCUCGAUAUUCAUAGCGUUCCGCAGCUAUCGUAAGCUCAAGGUGAAGCGAUUCAACAACGCACUGAUCGAAGCGAACAACUACUUUAAGAGUAGGAACAUCGGGUUCUACCCAAACUAUCAGUAUACAAAGAGCGGUACAAAGGUAUCGAUCAAAAUCGAGUAUGACGACGUCAAGAAGAAACCGACCACCUCUUAUGCCAGUGGAUACAACGAGCCCUCCUCAUAUAACUAUAACAACUUUUCAACCAAUGAUAUACCAGAUUAUGGUCAACCACAAAAACAACAACAACAGCAACAACAACAUCAAUCAAUUCAACUACAACCACAGCCAUCACAACAAGUACAUUUACAAGUACAACAACCAGUCUAUUCACAGACUGCAAGCACAACAAAUUCACAAAUACCAAGCUUUUCACCAUAUAUAGAUAAGCUGGUAAACACCAUCAGUGGUAAAAACAAUCAAACUGAUAACAAACAAGCCUACAUAAAUAAUAAUCAAGUUAAUAAUAAUAAUCAAGUCAAUAAUAAUCAUACUAACAACAAUAGAAUGAUAAUGAAUAAUAACAACAGUAGCUACAACAAUAACAAUUACAACAACCACAACAACAACAAUUAUAUAAAUCCAAAUGUAAAUAAUAAUAUCAAUCAACAAAAUACUUUUAACAAUAACUAUAAUAAUAACCAUAGUAAUAAUAUUGGCCUCAUUAAUAAUAAUAAUAAUAAUAAUAAUAAUAAUAAUAAUAAUAAUAAUAAUAAUAACAAUUAUAACCAUAAUAGCAACAUCAACAAUAAUAACAACCAAAAUAAUGAUACCCAAAGAAAUAAUAGUAGUAAUAGUAAUAAUAAAUCAGUAUCUGAUAUUCCAAUUAAAUUCACAAAGAUAGACUAUACAGAUGAUUUUUAA